AUGUGCCGGAGUCCCCGCGGCCCGCUGCGCACCGAGGCCGGCUCGGCCUGCAGUCUGGGGGCAGAGGGCGGCCUGCGUUGCAGCUUCCAGGGCGAGGCUGCUUGGGUGGAGGCCGUCGAAGGGCGAGAGCCGAGCUGGGGACUGUCCUUGCCAGGCGCUGAGAUGCCGAGCACCUCGGCCCGGGAGAAAGCCCGGAGCAGCCUCUUCCGCCCGGCGCAGGCGGCAGAGGGGUCCGACCGGGCCGAGGAGGGCCAAGGCCACAGCGGCCCAGAGCGGCCUCCAGGGACUGAGGGCAUCGGAGCCGGGCUGAAACCCGCGCGGGGCCCGCGCUCGCUCUAG